AUGGCCAUGGCGUCCGCGGACGAAAAUGGGGCCGGCAACCACAACAAAAGCACAGACUCCCCCAAGGCUUCGACGGAGUUCCAGCUGAAGAAGUACCUGCUGCUGCUUGCCACCCUGGUGGCGACGGUGACCUACGUGGCGGGGCUCAACCUGCCGGGGGGCUCCUGGACGGAGGACACUCCCGGCGGGCAGGUGGCCGGCGAGUCAAUCCUCAGGGAGACCUACUACUACCGCUACAUCGUCUUCUACUACUGCAACGCCGUCUCCUUUGCGGCGUCCCUCGUCGUCAGCCUCCUCCUCCUCGUGCUGCAUAAGGGCGGCUACCACCACUUGCUCCGGCCGAUCAUGGUGAUUGACCUGUUCGGCCUUAUGGGGGCCUACGCCGCCGGGAGCAGCCGCGACAAGUUCACCACCGUCUGCGCCGCAGUGAUGGUGGCUGGCCUCGCUGCUUAUGUCACUGUCGCCUUCAUCUGGUACGUCCUCCGCCACGCGACAGGAGGCACGGCCGCCAACAAAAAAGAAGAGAGUCCAGAUCAAGAGGCGGCGGCACUCGCGGAGCACGAGAUCCUGAUGGUGCUCGCCAUCUUCGUGGCAACCGUCGCGUACGUGGCCGCGAUGAACCCGCCCGGAGGCUUCUGGCGAAGCACCCAGGAGGGCCACCACACUGGCGGUGACCCGAUUCUGCAGGGCGGCCACUCCGGCCGCUACAAGUCCUUCUUCUUCUUCAACACCACCGCCUUCGUGGCGUCCCUGCUCGCCAUCAUGCUCAUCCUCGACUAUAAGAAACUCAACAUCACCAGGGACAGAUUUGGCGCAGGGCGCUGCGGUCUCUAUGCAUCCCUCGUCAUCGCGAUCGGCGGCCUCGGCGGCGCCUACGCUGCCGGGAGCUGCAGGAACCUUGAGAGCACUGCCAUUGUUCUGUCCCUAGGGCCAGCUGUGCUAAUCUACAUUGCUCUCCAGGUGGCUACAGACAAACUCCCGUGUAUUGGUCGCAUGUACAGUUAUCCAAGAAAAUGGCUGCCGGUAAUAACAAGAUUCGUCACUGAUUCCACUUGCACUUCCAGACCAUCACCACCACUGACCGACGAAAAAGAAAAAGACAAGAUUCUGAAGAGAGAACGUGAUGAAAAUGAAAAACUCAACAAGGCCCGCGAGUUUAUUCAGUUGCUUGCUAUACUUGCGGCGACCAUCACUUAUCAAGCUGGACUUGAUCCACCAGGAGGCCUCUGGCUGGAGAGUGGGGAAGGCCAUACUGUUGGAGACUCAAUACUCCUCACAACACACCCAAUACGGUACAAGGCCUUCUUCUAUUCUAAUUCGGUGGCCUUCGUGGCGUCCUUGGUCAUCAUCGUCAUGCUGCAGAGCGAGAUGCUAGUUAGGCUCCACAUACUGGAGGCUACUAUGAUACUAGACCUGUUCAGCCUCAUGGGUGCAUACGCCGCGGGGAGCAGCCGGGACACGAGCACCUCCAUCUACAUUGUGGCCAUGGCUGGCGCCGUCCUGAUCUACGUGGUCAUCCACAUAGUCUUCUUCACGCUCGACCCUGAAGACAUGGACACGGAUAUGCUGGACAAGUGUCGCGAGGUGCUGCUACUCCUCGCGAUCUUGGCCGCCAGCAUCACCUACCAAGCCGGGCUGACCCCGCCGGGCGGCUUCUGGGAGAUGGACGACGAGAAGCACGGGCACCACGCCGGCUUCUCCAUCCUCCAGGACAAGUACCAUCUCCGUUACAAGGCCUUCUUUUACUGCAACGCGGCGAGCUUCAUGGCGUCUGUGGCUCUCAUCAUCCUCCUCGUUAAUCCCACCCUGUACAAGCCGGCCAUAGAGUGCUAUGCCCUCUUUGUGUGCAUGGUGGGGGGCAUGUUUGGCCUCAUGGGUGCCUACGCUGCCGGGAGCUCCCUGCACCUCCGAGCCUCCAUCAUCAUCUUGGUAUUGGUUGCUCUGGUGUUUGGUUUUGUAGUGUAUCUGGUACUGACAGGCUCCCACAAGCUGAAGCGAAAGGAACCUGCUGGACAAGGAGAGCCGCAGGGAGGUCAUGUGACCGACGAUGCGGCCAAGGACCAAAAUCAACCUGGACAAGGAGUGCAAGGACAUCAUGUGGCCGACAAUGCGGCCAAGGACCAAAUACAACCUGCACAAGGAGUGCAGGGAGAUCAUGUGGCCGACCAUGCGGCCAUGCACCAAAAGCAACCUGCAGAAGGAAAUCAUGUGGCUGACAACAACAAGGCCAUAUACCUGAUGCUGCUAGGGAUACUGUCUGCCAGCGUGACCUACCUGACCGGCCUGAAACCGCCCGGCGGCCUGUGGAGGGACGACAACAAUGGGCAUUCCGCUGGCAGCCCGGUCCUGUACGACAUGCACAGGCGGCGGUACAUGGUCUACUUCUACAGCAACUCCAUCUCGUUCAUGGCUUCCAUCAUCGUCAUCGCCUUGCUGCUGCUCCUGCGGCUUCUGGGUAAGAAGAGCGAUCAUUGGUCGUUGCACACGGUGAUGGUACUGGACAUGCUCGCCCUCCUGGUAGCCUACGCCGCAGGCAGUGCCCGGAAGUGGGGCACAUUUUGGAAGGUCAUCCUGCUGCUCCUCCCCAUAGUGAUCUUCCUACGGCUUCUAUUCUGGUGCAAGAAUAAAUACCAUAGCACCGCAAAACCAAAACCAGGAGUCAUUGCUGCUCCAAAUCGAGAAGCCACUGCAACUCAGUAACUCACAACACUGAUGAUCAGCACCCCUCCGCUCCUGAUACGGAGCACUGAUCACCUGAAUUUAAUCCUUUGCUUCCAGCUUCAGUUGAUGUACCACGUACCAAGCCCUGUGUAUUGCGUUCUCUCUCCCAAAAUGUAUUCUCUGCUUUCUACAAAUGUAUUGUAUAUUUCUGUAUGAAGGAUCUUCAUAAUAAUAAGAAUCAAUUAAGGUCACUAUUA